AUGGCAUGCCCAUUCGUGCGAGAUGUGGUGGAUGAAGAAGCACUUGUGCUGAGGAGAGCCUUCAGGCGAGAAAGGGUCUUCAGGGACCGGUUGGACCCACUGGCCUUCCCUGAUGACCAUCUAUAUGAAAGAUACAGGUUUUCUGCAGAUGGCAUCAGGUAUCUAUGCAGACUACUGGGUCCCAGGAUUAAGCACCGCACUGCACGGAGCCAUGCACUGAGUGUGGAGCAAAUGGUUUGUGUGGCCUUGCGCUUUUUUGCUAGUGGAGCCUUCCUGUACUCAGUGGGGGAUGCAGAACAGCUGAACAAGGCCACAAUUUGCCACACAAUAAGGAGUGUGUGUCUGGCUAUCAAAGCAUUAGCAGAUGUCUUCAUCUCCUUCCCUGGCCACAGAAGACUCUGUGACAUCAAAGAGGAGUUCUAUAGGAUUGCAGGUUUCCCCAAUGUCAUUGGUGCAGUGGACUGCACACACAUAAGGAUAAAAGCCCCCUCAGGUGCCCAUGAGGCCGAUUUUGUGAAUAGGAAAUCCUUUCACAGCAUUAAUGUUCAGAUGGUCUGCAAUGCUGACUGUGUGAUCAGCAAUGUUGUGGCAAAAUGGCCUGGCUCAGUCCAUGACUCCAGAAUCUUUCGGGCCUCUGAAAUCUAUCAGUGCCUAUCACAAGGUGAAUUCUCUGGUGUGUUGCUGGGAGACAGGGGGUAUGGCUGCCAGCCUUUUCUCCUGACACCUUUCACAGACCCCCAGGAAGCACAGCAGAACUACAACCAUGCCCAUGCCAGGACCAGGGCCAGAGUUGAAAUGACCUUUGGCCUCCUGAAGGCACGCUUUCACUGCCUUCACAAAUUAAGGGUCAGCCCUGUUAGGGCAUGUGAUAUUACUGUGGCUUGUGCUGUCCUCCACAAUGUGGCCUGCCUGAGGAAGGAGAGGGCCCCCAGAGUGCCACCAGCCAUGGACUGGGACAAUCCGGCAAUCUUCCCUGAUGACGACAGUGGUCGGCUGCUGAGGGACCAAUAUGUGUUGAAUUAUUUUAGUUAGUAUGUGUGCUUUCAAUUUUGGUUAAAUAUGUCCUGCGGUGGCAGAGGAAUUUGGUUUUUUUUGGGUUCGUUUUUUUACGAAUUUGGCCUCUUAUGAUUGUGCGGUAUACUGUGUGUAAUACAAGGCUGCAGGGAGGCUACUGCAUCCAUUCAUUUGUCUGUUCAGUUGAUGUGUAUGGAUUUGUCCUGCAUUUAUUUUAGUGUGCAGACAUGCAGGGUGUGUUAUAUACAGACCUUUGAAUGUGUAUGUAUCAUUUUGUAUAAUAUGCUUGGAUUCUGUGCUUUCCAUCUUGUAGAGUCACUGUGACUUCAGUUUCGAAAGGAGCUGAUGGUUUACCUGCUUUGUUUUGUCCUUAUUCAAUAAAGGAACAUAAUGUUACACAUUGUGUUUUUAUAUUCAUAUGGAAUGUGUAUUUGUUUAUAUGACAGAGUACUAGGGCCACACUGAAGAAAAAGGAUA